UUUCUGCUCCCUUUCUGUCUAAUUAAAUUCCCUUUUUAUCUGCUUCUACUCUAGCGAAGAAACAGGGCAGCUUUCAAAGUUUUUGUGGUUUGAGAGGCAGAAAAUGGAGAAAGAAUCACCCACAUCUCUCUCAAUUGCAAUCCAUUCGCGGCCAACUGCAACUCCUGUGAAGAAGGAUAGCUCCUCCAUAGCUGGCUUCUUGAGUAAAUCUGGGUACAAAUUCUGGGUUUUGACUACAAUUCUCUUACUUGCGUUUUGGUCCAUGUUUACUGGCUCUGUUUCUCUCAAGUGGUCUUCUGGCAAUCUGAAUACAUUCUCUCAUGAUUCCGAUUUCUCUCUUCAUCAAGAUCUCGACGUCCUUGAAUUGGAGGAAAGAGAGAAAGUGGUGAGGAAGAUGUGGGAUGUUUAUACGCAUAGCACAAGGGUUCGUUUGCCCAGGUUUUGGCUUGAAGCUUUUGAGGCUGCUUACGAGAGUUUAUCAAGUGAUGAUGCUGGAGUUCGAGAUACUGCCAUCUCUGAGAUUGCUAAAUUAUCAUUGCGAUCCAUAAAUCUUGACUCCCCCUCCGCUCAAUCAAAGAGUAGUAGCAGUGAAGGGAGAAAAUGAGUUCCAAAGAAGGUGA